UCAAAAGUCCUGAGUCCAAACUGAUGAUUCUGAUGGCUCAAAUUAGCAUCCCUUUUUCAAUUGUAAACGUGGCCACUGACCGUCAGGCCAGAAAGGAGGAGUGGAAAAUCAUGCAAAACUGCUUAUAGGAUGCUAGCUAAAAUCCUUCAGGUCAGUCGACCCAUCUCUGGACUCCAAAGGUAGAAAUGUUAAACUGGCUAUGUUGUUUUUCACAACUCCCUCCUAUUGUAUGAUAUUUCAAUUAGAUAUCCACAGAAACAAUAGCGAAAUCUUUUUAAACACUGUUUUUGUAACAUGUUAUAGUUUAUUUCCUAGUUCAUUUACAGAAGACAUGGCUACCGCAGAUCUACGUAUGUGGCAGUGUCAUUUCUUCUUUAUUGUUGAUAUUUUUUCUCGUAAUUUAACUAAACAUCUUUAUUCUUUUCAUCAAGUGACCCAAGUACUCAACCAUAAGAGACAACGCUGAAAAAACAAUUGUCUUAUAUACUUUUACAUCAGAAAUGGGUUAAAAUCUUCACUCAAACUGAGAUUCUGAAAGUGUCACCAGUUAAUCCAGGUGUGCAUCCUAAAGCCCGGGAUAUCCGUUAGAUCAGAAUCAAUAACGGCAACGCUCCCUCGAUGCUUGCGACAUCUGUGGCAUUUUGCUGUGAGACAAAAGUGCACAUUUCAGAGUGGCCUUUUAUUGUGGGCAGUAUAAAGUACACCUGUGCACUAAUCAUGAUGUCAGAGCUGCAUCUUGACGUGGUACACCUGUGAGGUGGGAUGGAUUAUCUCAGCAAAGCAGAAGUGCUCACUAUCAAACAUUUAGACAGAUUUGUGGAAAACAUUUGAAAGAAAUGGUAAUAUUGUUUAUCUAGAAUGAAUUUUAGAUCUUUCAGUCCAUCUCAUGGAAAAUGGGAGCAAAAGCAAAAGUGUUGCGUUUAUAUUUUUGUUGAGUGUAUCUAUGUCCAGGCCCCUUAUAUCUCAAUAAAACCGGAAGCAAUUCCAGUUGCUGGAUUGAUUUGUAAAAUUCCAGAAUUUUACAAAUCUGGAAUUGUAAAAUUCCAGAUUUUGCAUAACUAAUGCAUUCAACUAUGUAUACUUUAAUGUCGGUAUAACAUUAAUACAUGUGUAUGUGGCAGCUUUAUCAAUGACUCAAAAACUGAAAAAAAAAAAUGAAAAGUGAAAUGUUGCACAAAUAUUCUUUGCUAACUUAGGGACUUUUGAGUCAAAUAAAAUGGUGUUGGCCAAAAUCGGUAUCGGAAAGUCAAGCUUUUUAAUUAAAAAUCAGUGAUCGGGCAAAAAACCACACAUGACCUCUUAAGACUAAUGUAUUAAUAAGAAUAAAACUAAUAUAUUUAAAUAGACAUUGCUUAAAUUUUCUUUAGUUUUUGGUUGGAAAACAAAUAAUUCUCACAUUUUUAAAACUCAAAACUUUCUGAUAAUGAUUUGCUAUACGAAGUUUUAAAAGGUUAAAAUAUUUUUUUUCGUGGUGUUCCUGAACGCAAUUUCCCCAAGCUCAGACUUAAUCUAAUUUUUCAACCUAGGUUUCUUUGUUCAUAUUUUUAAUGGAUUUGACUCUUUGCAGUCGCUAAAUCAUCGUUUUAAUUACAAAAAACUUCCCAUUUUACUACUAUUAAUAAGAAAAACGUUAAAAUUAGUUUUAUAACAACGUUCAAAUAUUAUUUUUCCUACUUUACUUAAACGCAGCAUGAGACAGCCGAGUUUGAGACCUCUGUUGCGGCUGCGCAAAUUGUUUUUUCCCGGAAACUCCUCGGUUGUUUUGAUGUCGGCUGGUUUUGUAGUCAUUUAUCAUAAGGAGAAGCAGAACUUUUCCCUAGUCUGUUUAGUUGUGUUUUACUGGAAAUAACACGCAGAAUAACCUUUAAAAUGGGCAGUCGAAGUUGAUUAAGGAAACUGUGCGGUGAAUGAAGGUAAACAUUUACUUAAAGCAGCGAUUAGCUGUCCUGUUCACUGGCUAGCAGAGAGCUCUUUACUCUAUCAUCAAAGUUGGGUUCAACAUGGAUUGUACAGCGCUGGAAGUCGACGCUUUCAAAUUCGCGAAAACUGCUGUAACCUAUGACCAGAAUGCCAAAUAUAAUGAGGCUGUGUUUUAUUAUAAGGAGGCAGCCCAGGCUCUGAUAUAUGCAGGCAUGGCGGGGUCCAAACUGGAGGGGCUCCAGGACAAAGUGAGUGAAUACUUGGACCGUGUUCAGGCUCUCCACAAUGCAGUCCAGUCCCAGAAGAGCGACCCGCUGAAAUCCCGCCAUCAGGUGGAUCUGGAGCGUGCCCACUUCCUGGUUACUCAGGCCUUUGAGGAAGAUGAGAAGGGGAAUGAUGAUGAAGCUAUAGAGCUGUACACUCAGGCAGUGGAACUGUGCAUCAAAACGUCAAACGAGUCAUCUGACCAAAAUCUUCAGAUGAAGCUGAAGCAGCUGGCUCGUCAAGCCUUGGACAGAGCGGAAGGUCUUAAAGAGUCGCAGUCCAAAUCAAACUCGGCACAGUCUCAGGACAGAACGAAGCCCAGCAGCGGCUCUGGUUCUGGUGGACCGGUGCGUCAGUUUUUCCCCCUUGGGCCAGACUUCUCCCUCCAUGACCGACAGCAGCCUCAACCAAUCAGAGCGGUCCAGUCAAGUGAGCCCCAGGGUCAGCGGUACACAUCGGAGGAGAUCGAGGUCCUCAGGAGUACAUCUACAAUCAACGGCAUCGCCUAUGUGCCCUUUAUGAGUGUGGACUUAAAGGAACGAUUUGCCUUCCCUGUGCCCUUCUCGGACAAAACCGGGAAACUCGCCCUGUCACCCAAACAGAAAGCCAUUUUCUCCCGCUGGGUUCGACCAGACGAGAUCUGCAAUAAUCCCACCAUGAUCAUGUCUGUGUCCAGCUUCAGCAUCAAACAGACGGUGGUCUCUGACUGUUCAUUUGUGGCUUCACUGGCCAUCAGUGCAGCUUAUGAGAGGCGUUACAACAAGAAACUCAUCACCAGCAUAAUCUACCCUCAGAACAGGCGAGGGGAGCCAGAGUAUAAUCCCUGUGGAAAGUACAUGGUCAAACUUCACAUCAACGGAGUGCCCAGAAAGGUGAUUAUUGAUGACUACCUGCCGGUGGAUCGUAACGGAGAGCUGCUCUGCUCCUACUCUAGUAACCGGAAUGAGUUAUGGGUUUCCCUGAUAGAGAAGGCCUACAUGAAGGUGAUGGGAGGCUAUGAUUUCCCUGGCUCCAACUCGAAUAUUGAUCUGCAUGCACUCACCGGCUGGAUCCCUGAGCGCAUUGCUAUGCACUCUGACAAUCAGUCAUUCAACAAGGAAGACACCUUCCGCAUGCUCUUCCAAAGAUUUCAUAGGGGUGAGGUUCUCAUCACCACGGCAACAGGAGUGAUGACUGAGGAGGAAGGGGAGAGAUGGGGCUUAGUGCCAACACAUGCCUAUGCAGUUCUUGACAUCAGGGAAUACAAGGGAAUGCGUUUCCUGCAGCUGAAAAAUCCGUGGAGUCAUCUGCGGUGGAAGGGGCGCUACAGUGAGCGAGAUGAGAAAAACUGGACUCCAGAGCUCCUUAAAUACCUCAACUUUGACCCCAAGACAGCACAGAAGUUUGAUAACGGGGUUUUCUGGAUUUCAUGGGAGGAUCUUUGUCAGUACUAUGAUGUCAUUUAUCUAAGCUGGAACCCUGCACUGUUUAAGGACUCCUCCUGUAUUCACAGUAGCUGGGAUGGGAAGCAGGGACCUGUGAAGGACGUCUACAGCCUCGCAAAUAAUCCUCAGUACAAACUGGAGGUCCAAUGUCCAGCAGGGGGAGCCGCUGUGUGGGUGCUGCUCACCAGACACAUCACAGACAAGGACGAUUUUGCUCAAAACAGGGAGUUUAUCACACUGGUUGUUUACAAGACAGAAGGCAAGAAGGUUUACUACCCAGCCGACCCUCCUCCUUACAUCGAUGGGAUCCGCAUCAACAGUCCUCACUAUCUGACCAAGAUACGGCUGACCUCUGCAGGAACACACACCUUCACACUCGUGGUUUCUCAGUAUGAGAAGCAGAACACCAUCAACUACACUCUGCGGGUGUACACUGGAUGCAAAUUCACUUUCGCCAAAAUCCCAAAUCCGUUCACCCACACUAAAAGGAUCAAUGGCCAGUGGAAAGGAGUCAGCGCCGGCGGUUGUGGGAACUACAAGGACUCGUACAAAAACAACCCCAUCUACCAAAUAAACCUGGAGCGGCCCGCCCCCCUGCUGGUGGAACUGCGUGGUUCCAGGCAGUACAGUGUCGGGUUUGAGAUGGUAACCGUGUCAACGGUGGGUGAUCCAGGAACGGCUUCCUUUCAGAAGAAGAACAGUGGAGAUUACAGAUGCGGUUUCUGCUACAUGGAGUUGGACCACGUCCCAGCAGGCAUCUACAACGUCACCCCCACCACCUUCUUGCCUAAACAGGAAGGACCUUUCUUCUUGGACUUUGCCAGCACUUCCCCCCUCAAAGUCUCCCAGCUCCAGUGAAGACAGAGUGCAGGACAAAAAACCAAACAUAAAAAGGGGAGGAAGGUAACGAAGAGAGGAAGGCAUUAUGGGAUCUUCAUAGGACUGCAGUUUAAAAAUGAGCAAAAUAAUGAGCGCUUCCUGCAGCUCCAGGAGUUCAGAAAGUGACUUCUGCUUUACUUCCCCUGCCUUCACACAGUGCAGCCUCUCCAAGUUUAAAUUGGCAGAUGGUGGGUAUGAAGUUCUCUGUUAAAUGAACCAAGAAUAAUGCAUAGUUCUAUGAAAAACAAGGUUUGAUAAACUAUUAUUAAUAAUAAUCUAAUCACGGGACACAAGACAUUGGCAUGAAAACACAAAUGCAAAGUAGUUGCUACCCUGGUCAGUUUAUGUUCACUCAUCAUUGGCAUGGAUGUCAAAACACUUUUGGUCUUUUUAUGAGACAUUUGAACUUUUUUUUCCCAGAGUGGAAUAAUUACACAACAUACUUUACAGUGGCUUUUAUUUAUUUAUUUUUUUUUUAUGUGAAUCAAGUCCACAGUUUAUUUUUUACUUUUUCCCUAAUCCACAGAAAUUAAAUUAUUUAUAUACACUCCACUAAUAUUUGAAUACAUUUCAGAGAAACCAACAAGAUCUUGAAAUAAUUCUGGGUGAAUAUUGAUCUUUUUCUUCUUAUCUGCUGAAUUACACCGCUCUCAUUCAGAAACAACCAAUCAGAGCCGGGAGGUGUGUCUUAGUGCUGCUAAUCACCCUUGUGUACACGCUGCUCACACUGUCCCUCUAGCUCACCACAAGGAGCUAGUUAGCAUGGUUAUUGGUGAUGGAUGAUACAGAUUUUCUGUAAUGUUAAGUUGCUUCUCCACCAGUUGCACAUUGAGCAAAGCUUGCAUAAGGUUGAUCGACUGUAUCAGGACCUUCCUCCAGGCUCUGAUUGGUUGUUUCUGACCGGGAACGGUUUAUUUCUGCAGAUGGCAGUAGAAGCACUGGCAUGAGCUUUCACAAAUUAUCUCACAUGUUACAAACAAAUAUGUGCGAGAAAACAUUGUUCACAAAAUUUAACACUGCAGCUUUAAGAUAGUUGUAUUAUUUAUUUCAAUAGAAUAAUCACACACUGGAAAAUUAAAUGCAGGUAUUUAACAAUAAUUGAUAAAGAAGAUUUUUUGACCUCCCUUCCCUGCGUUCUUGUUUCCAUUUGGAGACUUGAAAACAUCAACACAUAUCUUUCUUGGUUUUUUUUUUCUGUCUUUCCUGUUUUUUUUAAGAGUGGCUAAGAAAAAUGGGUCUCAUGCCAUAGUUUAGACCCAAGGAAAACAGGAAUGGAAGUGUUUCAGUUAUAUUUAUAUAAUAUGGGGGGAUUUUUCAAUGUGAGAUCAAUCUACAACAAUAAAAAAUGAAGGAUUUCACACAUGUAUGUAUGUGUGCUUUAAGUACAUUUGUAAAAUGAUUGCCAAGUUACUGAAUGUGUCCCAACAUCACAGUUUGGUUCUAAAGUUCCUAAAGCUCGUGAGGUCACUUUACUUCUGCUUCUACAGGACAAAAAACAAAACAAAAAAUGUUUCCUUGAGUUAGUUAUCAAAUCAGUCGACCAUGACUUAAAAUGAUAGAGAAAAACCUGAUGAGAUGGUAACAUAUUGUAAAGUGUUUCCACCAAUUGGCUGCUAACAAUGUCACAUGGCAGGAAAUGUUCUUCUUCUUCUGUACCUUGUUGUGGUUUUUAAACUCAGGAGCAGCACAGGGAAUCCAGCAUGGCGGCAUCUGAAUGAUGCCUGCUCUUUGUGUCUCAGUGUGGUGCUGAGUGAUUCUUCACUGCAGCACCUGCUUCUGGCAGGUGUCACUGUACUGUAUGUGUUCUACCUGAGUCUUUAUUGCCAAGUAUCCAUGCUCUGUUUAUCUUUGCUGCACUUUUUUCAUGUUUAUCAUGAAACUACAGCAGUGGAGGAAAUUAAAAUGUGAUUUUCUCUCAAACAACCUGGUCAGAUAAAUAUCUGCUGCUCACCGGGAGAAUAAGACUUGGAUCUGUUCUUUAUGUUAUACUGGAUUUCACUCAAUUAUGACUUCAUCAAUGAGUGAAUAUUAUUAGACUCACUGGAGUUUAGUGCAGCUGAGAUUAUUUUUGACUUUUGAAACUGAAAAAGUGGAUUUAGGACAAAUUCUUCUCCAUUUUGGUGAAUUGAAUUUGCUAAACUUUUGUGGCAUCAGUAGCUCCAUCACAGCAAGGCAUACUGUGAUACUGCUAAACUCCAGAAAUACUUUUAAGUGGAUGAAAUGGGUUUAAUUUUAUUUUCAAUUUUAAAAGGCAGAAUAUUGUGACACUAGGGAUUACUGGUUACUCAAAAAAAUGUUUAAACAUUUUCAAGGAAUGGCAAGUCAUAUUAUAUAACUCGUCAUUAGUUUUAGAUCUGCACAGAUGAUUCUCACAUAUUCUGUGCUUUCGGUUAUCAUGACCUUUCCAUUCAGACUCAUUAAAUUUCCCAGAAUGCUGUGCGCCAAAUGCUGACUAUAAUAUUUACCAUACAGCAUAAAACUGACUUUUGUUGACCACAACAUUCUGCUGCUUUAUACUCAAGUUGUUUUAAAGGUUUAAACCCAUAUUUUUGACUCACCAUGUGCCACCAUGUGCAGUAGUAUGACUGGCUGUAAAUGGAAUGUUGGCUGGGCUGUUAAAGGGUAAAAUAAUAUUUUUUACAUGUUUCUUUGAAUUGUCCAUUAUCCAGAACUUCUGUGUACCAGUUGAUACAUAAUUUAUUGUCAUAAAAGCCAUUUUUCUCUGUCAUUCUAUUUUAUUUCUUUGAUUUGUUUACCAGUGAAGUGGUCUACAAAUGCAGCAGGACAAUCUUGUACCAGCCUGUUGUAUGAAUGUUGAUGUAAUGUUUGCAGAACUUGCACUAAAUGUUGAGUAGACUAAUGUGAUUUACUCAAAGUUUAAAUACAGGGAAAUGAUUAUAUCAGUUUCUGCCUCCAAGUUACUCAAUACAGGAUGCAUUUACCUACUUUGUUUAUAAAAAGUUCAUUCAUCCAUCCAUUUUCUUUACAUCACAACAUUUCACUGAAUUUGAGGUCAUUUUAAUCAUCCUGUUGUUGAUUUCCUGCUAUCUAUGGACUCUGUCUCCUGUUGCAAUACCUAAUUUUGUCCAGGUUUCAAAAACAGAAACAUUAAUGGAUGCUUUCAGAUCUGUGUUUUGUAAAGCUUUGUUCCACCAACUUUCGCCAUUACUGAGUUCGGUUUAGGAACUACAAUAAGAAAAUAUAAUUAUAUACAUAUAUUUUUUUUAGCUUUUUUGCCUUUAGCGGUCAUUAAUUAAGUGUAAAAAAUGCGGGAUGCUACUGUUCUAAAAUUAUUUGUAAAAUACAUUUUUACAUGCUUCAGCAUCGUGUAUUAGCAAUUAGCAUAGCUAGCAUUAUUACAACAGUGGUUUCUGUGUGUAAGACCCUUACCUGAACUCCAAGACUUUAAAAAUUCUGCAAACAUUUCUAAAUCCAGCAUGUUUCAUCACUGGUGAAUUUUAAAACCUUGCAAAGACUAAACUAGGCUACAUUGUAAUAAGUUCAGUGAUCUUGUUAUUACUCUCAGCCUGAAUUAAACACGUCAGUAAAUAGAAAUACUGCUUUCAAGCCGCUAUCUGAUUAUUCUUUUUUAAAAUUCUUAUUUAACUGGGAAAGUCCCAUUGGAAUUAAGAAGUUAUUUUUGUAUCAUUUUGCUUUCUGAUAAUAUAAAAAGUUAACUUUCAGUUAUUUUCACACAGUAACAACAUCCCCACUGAAGAGUUAGUCUCACUUAGGAACCCUUUAGGACUUAAGUAAGGGUUCACACACAGGAGAAAGAUGAGUUUUUUUUUCACGUGUGACUGACCUGUCAGGCUGGUAAACAAUGUAUUCAUCCCAGUGUGUAUUUUGUUUCUGACAAAUGAUCUCAUAUUUUACUUCGGAAUGCAUGUUGGUUCUAAGUUAGAAACAUAAACAAUUGUCUAAAAUUUAUCUGUUAUUUCUUUGCACUUCUUGAUGUGACAUCUGGGAAAAUUCCAAACUUUUUCAUAAAUAUUAGUCACUGAUUAACCUUUCCAACUAUUGAGUGGUGGACUUCAGACCCAUUCCCAGAUUAUCAACACCACCAGUGAUUUCUUAAAGAUUUUUUUCUCUAAUCUUUGAUACUCAGUUAAUGCAAACCUUGAUUUCAUAGAGGUGCUUACACUUACCAAUGUUUAGCCAUUCAAGCCAAAUUGAUUAGCUGCACCUGCUUUACUCAUUUUUUUCAUUUGAUUCCAAUAGUUUCCAUAAUUUUGCAAAUAAACUAGCUCACUGUAGUUUUUCUUACAUCCACGUACCUUCCAGAUGGUCACUUUUAACUGUGAAACAAUAUAUAUAUAUAUAUAUUUUUUUUUUUUUUUGCUUUAAUUGAUAUAAAAGUUAUGCAACAAUAAAAUUGUUAUCGACAUCAGCUGAUUGGAGCUGAGAAGUUUAGCAAGUUUAGAGUUUAGUUUAUUUCAGAUUUGCUGAUGUAAACACUGUUAGGUAAGUCCAUGAUUUUUUCUUUCCUGGUAUGUUUACUAUUGGUUGACAAUAUUUCAGCUACUGUUCAUUUUGUUUUUUUGAUAGAAAUGUCAUAAAAUUUCUCCAAACAAUUGAACUGAAUUUUCUUGCAGAACCACAUUUCUGCAAAGCUACCUAAAAUCUGCUAUUUUUUUGUGGCAGUUUGUCCUAAGUCUGAUAAUGACAUGUAGCAAGCAGUGUGGAAGGUCAAAGUUCAAUGGCCAAUUCAGCUGAUCUACAUUAUAUUGCUGAAAGGUAUUUGCUCACCGAGUAACCAGAGGAAUGCCUCAUUCUUAAUCCACAGGGUUUAAUAUUCUGUUGGCACACCAUUUGCAGCUGCAACAUCAUCUGGGAGGCUUUUGAUGAGAUUUAGAUGUGUGUUUAUGUCUGGAAGUCAUUGAGCCUGAUGUUGGUAGAAGCAGUCUGGACAUUGUUUUCAUCCUUUAAACUCAAAAUUUAUAGCAAUGUAUUUCUUUUUAAGUUAAAUCAAGUUGCAGCUGCUGGGCUGAUGAAAGCCUGGUGCAAAGACGGGAUUAAUUCAAUUUUGGUGGCCAUUAAAGUCAAGAGAAACAAGUGGAAAAACAAAACGCCUAAAGGUCAACAGGAAGCGAGGUGUCAUUUAUGUACUUGGAGACAUUUCUAGGAAGAAGAAACAAGAUUUUAAUCUGUUGACGUGAGGAUAAAAUUGAAUAAAAGUGUUAUGCUAAUUGGGGCAGAUAGAAUAAAACUAGACGAUUGACACAGUUUUGGUUCACAUUUCACUUGAAUUUCUUUCAAAGGUUUAUAAAACUGAGUCUCUGUUACAUUAAUGAAAUAAAGGCUGAAUGUACAGCGACAUGCUUUCACAAUU